UAAAUGAACAUUGUAAAGAUGCAGGGGGGUUAUCUGUCUGGCAGUGGAAGCAGACAGUGUUAUUCUGCAAUUCCGUAGAAAGGCUGUGCUGGAAACAGCCGAAUUCUGGCGGAAACUCCUCCGUGUAGUUGGGUCUGGACAGUACUUGUAGCAGUAUUACUGGGCUGCUGCCCUGGUUGCCGAGGGCAGAUGCACAAAUGCCUGCGUCUCAAAUGAAACUCCGUGAGGAAACAAGCUAGACACAGCCAAACCCCAAAGUUCUGCUGCAAGCAAGCAAAGAGAAGUGAGACUCUGAGCUGGGUGGGCAGGAAUGUUUUACAGCGUCAAGUGGUAUUGCUACUAGCCUUUGAGUAGGUUUUUGCACCUGACCCAGCCCUCAUACCUUUCACCCUGCCCAAAGGGCCUCCUGGGGAGCAUCUCACCAAAAUAAAUCCCUGCUCCGGCUGUGCAGUGUCAGCCCAGAAGAUUUGUCUGUUCGGCGCUUCGCUUCUGCCUUUGCUAGCUGGUACGUCACCUUCAGCAAACAAAACCUCAGGCUCUGCCUGUGCAUUUACGGCUGCUCAGCUUUGUUGGGACUCAGGUGCGUUUGUACCUGGACGCAGUGUGCAGGUAGCUCGCUUGUUGCUGGCAAAGCAGGCUGGUGAAGAUAGCAGUGCUUUACACCGCUGAAGCUAUAACGAUGGAGAACCUACGUAAUGCCAACAGCAGAUUUGCACUUGAUCUGUUCAGGAGGUUUAAUGAGACCAACCCAACGGGGAAUGUUUUCUUCUCUCCUGUUAGUGUCUCUGCUGCUCUGGCCAUGGUCCUUUUAGGGGCCAAAGGUAAUACAAAAGCACAGGUGCUGAAGACACUUCAUUUUGACAAAGUUCAAGAUAUUCAUUCAAGAUUUCAGACUCUGACUAUGGAUAUAAACAGAUGCAAUGCUCCCUAUCUCUUACGGCUUGCCAGUCGGCUUUUUGGAGAGAAGUCCUACAGCUUUUUGCCGGAUUUCCUGACUAAUACUCGGAAAUUAUAUGGAGCUGAUUUGGCUACAGUUGAUUUUCUUCAGGCUUGUGAUGAAGCCAGGAAGGAAAUUAACCAGUGGGUAGAGAAGAAAACUGAAGGCAAAAUCCCUAAUCUGCUGUCUGAAGGCUCAGUUGAUAACAUGACCAAGCUUGUACUGGUGAACGCUAUUUAUUUCAAAGGCAACUGGGCAGAGAAAUUUAAAGAAGCCGACACUACUGACAUGCCGUUUCGGUUAAAUAAGAAUGAAAGAAAGACAGUGAAAAUGAUGUAUCAGAAAAAGAAAUUUCGUUUUGGUUACAUCCCUGAAGUGAGGAUCCGGCUUUUAGAGCUGCCUUAUGAUGGAGGAGAACUUAGUAUGAUCAUCCUGUUACCUGAUGACAUUGAAGAUGACUCCACUGGACUGGAGAAGCUGGAAAAGCAGCUUACCUUAGAGAAGCUCCAGGAAUGGACAUGUCCAGAGCAUCUAUAUUCCACUGAUGUUCAUGUGCAUUUGCCAAAGUUUAAGCUAGAAGAAAGCUAUGACCUUAAAUCAGAUUUAGCCGCUAUGGGCUUGUUGGAUAUAUUUGACAGUGGCAAGGCUGACUUGUCAGGAAUGUCAGGGGCACGUGACCUCUUUCUCUCUAAAAUUGUCCACAAGACUUUUGUAGAAGUGAAUGAGGAAGGCACGGAAGCUGCAGCUGCCACUGCUGGCAUUGCUAUGCUUUGCAUGGUUAUGGAAGAGGAUUUCAAUGCUGACCAUCCUUUUCUUUUCUUUAUUCGCCACAACCCAACGCAAAGCAUUCUUUUCUUUGGCAGAUAUGCUUCUCCAUAAAAGAGAACUUAGCAUUUGCAGACCAGUUCCUGCUGUAGUCAAUGAAAGCUUUGCUCCUGAAUGAGUUGGAUUUUGAUCCAAGAAAGUUAAUUCUCCUGUCUUGAGUACCUGGUCACUUUUUGACUGAGAUUCUGCCUUUCCCACUAAAACAAUCCCAGAGAAACUGAGAAGUAAUUUAUUUUUCUUUCUUGAGAUUGCCAUAAGCUUUAAUAACUAAGAAAAUCUUAACUGUAGGCAGAAAAAAUCUUUUGAAAUUGGACUAGAAGUAGAAAUACUCUUGGAAGAAAUGUGUGUCUUUUAAAGCACGGGAUCACUCUGUAUGCAUCCUUGCAUAGGGUUUCUCUGUGUUGACAGCCCCCUGUUGUAAUAACUUACAAUAAUCCAGUCAUUCCUUAUGCACGCAUACUAGGAUGUUCUUGCAAAGCUGUUACUCCCCUAAAGUCUUGCUUUUCAAUACCUUAAUGAAAUACUUCUAGGCACCAAAAGGCAUGAUACUAAACAGCUGAGUUCACAACAGAACUGGGUAAAAUAGGUCAGAUGAUAACAUUUGUUAGAGACAUCUAUUAAUAGAGAAAGGAUUAAGCUAUUUAAACAAAAGUAACCCCUUCCAGUCAUUAGCCAGAAAACCUGCAAUGCAGCUUUUGAAUGAGGAGGAGAAAAAUAACAACUUUAGGUGACAUGUUUAAAGAGGAUUUUUAAAAUUUAUAGUCUGGUGCCAUUUUAGUUAUUGAAAACAUGAAAAAGUAUCAGGGCUUUGAGGUUUUAGGUGCUUGAAGCUAAUGGGUGCCUUUCCGCAAGUUCAGAAGUUUUCAAUAUGACAUUAGAUUCUGGCCAGAACCUAUGUAAUCCUCAAAAAAUGCUUCAGCUUCCCAGAGGGUGACUGUGUAUAGUCUGCAAUAAAUAUCUGAUGUGUCUCUUUAUGUACAAGGAUUCAACAUUUACUGAGCUGACUUCCAGUACCUCUUUAUACACAAACCUUUUGUACUGUACAACAGCCAUAUGCCUGGGAGCCACUGUAAUUACAUACUGUUAGUGUUCUGUUUUUAUUUCUGGAGGUUAUUUGCUUGUAUCAUGUAUAUCUUGGGUACUGUAAUAUUUACCUGCACAACUUCAGUUCUAAGUGGGGCACAAUAAUUUCUAUAAUUGCAAACUUUCCAUAAUUGCAAAAUAUUAAUUUUGUCUUCAUGCAACAAGUAGAAGCCUUUUUCUUAAA